AUGGCAGAAGACAUUCCUCGAGAAAUUUAUUCGAGAAGAAAUCGCCAAAUUGGCUAUUAUCAAUGGGUUCCCUUUAUUCUUGCUAUUGAGGCAUUGCUCUUCUAUGUUCCUUGUAUUCUGUGGAGAGGAAUGCUGUACUGGCAUUCAGGUAUUAACCUGCAAGGCCUCGUUCAAAUGGCUUGUGAUGCAAGAUUGAUGGACGCAGAUGUGAAAAGCCGUACGGUUUAUACGAUGGCAAGACAUAUGGAGGAUGAAGUUCAGUUCAAGCAUUUGCAGUUAACGCACCUCGAUCGACAAGGACAUUCACGUUCGUGCUUCUCAUCGAUGCAAGUUGGAGGUCAAUGUGGCAGGCAUUGCGGUUGUUAUGUGACCAUGUUAUACAUAGGCAUCAAGAUGCUUUACUCUGCCAACGUGAUGCUGCAAUUUUUUCUGCUUAAUCACUUGCUAGGUGCGAAUGACCUCGCCUAUGGAUUUUCACUGCUGAGGGAUCUUAUGCAUGAAGUGGAGUGGGAACAAACUGGAAUGUUUCCUAGGGUGACACUUUGUGACUUCGAGGUGCGAGUGCUUGGAAAUAUCCAUCGGCAUACAGUUCAGUGCGUUUUGAUGAUAAAUAUGUUCAACGAAAAAAUAUUCCUCUUCUUGUGGUUCUGGUUUCUCACUGUUGGAUUGAUAACCGUCUUUAACACAUGCUACUGGAUACUUAUUAUGUUUAUACCCAGUCAGGGAAUGUCUUUCAUCAGAAAAUAUUUGCGUGUGCUGAGUGAGCAUCCAUCAAAGCCAGUCACCGAUGACGUUUCAUUACGGAAGUUCACCAAUCAGUUCCUCCGUAAGGAUGGUGUUUUCAUGCUUCGUAUGAUAUCGACACAUGCUGGCGAAUUAAUGAGUAGCGAGCUAAUUCUUGCUCUGUGGCAGGAUUUCAACAAUGUUGAUCGCUCACCAACUCAAUUUUGGGAUGCGGAGCAUGGUGCAGGUCAGAUCGAAGUCAUGCAUUGA